AUGCACCUCCCAGGUCGGGCCUCUUCUCUGCGACGGCAGCCAAGCUUUGGUGGCCACCCCGCACGUCCGCACUCUGCCUUGUCGUCAUUUCCGCUGCUGCUGUUGAUCAUCAUGUUGGGAGGCGGCAUUGUGGGGCCGUUAUUUGCUGUGGUGCACGCCAAGGACUGCCUCACGCGUGGGUCCAAUGCCAUGAUAGCAUGGAAACACGAAGGGGGCAGCUUUCAAUGUGACAACUGCCUCCGUGCAGAUGCUGCGAGCGUUAACAGCAACACCAUUCCGCGUCACUGGACCGAAUACGACAAAGACCGCCAUGCCAUGAACUUCUUCGUGGAGGAGCACCGCGAUGGUAAUAAUGUGUUGGUGCGGGACGAGAUCCGCGGCAUCAGCGUCCUACUGCGCUCGGACUUGAGUGGCAUUCGAACCGAGGGCGAGCAGAACUUUCGCCAGCUCUACAGCGGUGCCUUUAUCCCCGUGGUGGACUGCACGUAG